AUUGCACUUCUGCCGUGGGGUGGCGCUGUGCGCAUGCUCCCUGGCGGCGCGGUCCUCCGGCCGGCUUCAGGCCGCUCUAGCCGCCCUUCUCGCCUGCUCUGCCGGGAGGCGGGCGCGCCCGCGGGGUCCCUCCAAGAUGGCGGCGCAGAGGAGGAGCCUGCUGCAGAGUGAGCAGCAGCCGAGCUGGACAGACGACCUGCCGCUCUGCCACCUUUCUGGCGUGGGCUCAGCCUCCAACCGCACCUACUCUGCUGAUGGCAAGGGCACCGAGAGCCACCCCCCGGAGGACAGCUGGCUCAAGUUCAGGAGUGAGAACAACUGCUUCCUCUAUGGGGUCUUCAAUGGCUAUGAUGGCAACCGGGUGACCAACUUCGUGGCCCAGCGGCUGUCCGCGGAGCUGCUGCUGGGCCAGCUCAACACCGAGCACACCGAGGCCGACGUGCGUCGCAUGCUGCUGCAGGCCUUCGAUGUGGUGGAGAGGAGCUUCCUGGAGUCCAUCGAUGACGCGUUGGCGGAGAAGGCGAGCCUACAGUCCCAGCUGCCAGAGGGUGUCCCUCAGCACCAGCUGCCUCAGUAUCAGAAGAUCCUUGAAAGACUCAAGACCCUGGAGAAGGAGAUUUCAGGAGGAGCCAUGGCCGUCGUGGCGGUGCUUCUCAACAACAAGCUCUACGUCGCCAAUGUCGGUACAAACCGUGCCCUUUUAUGCAAGUCCACGGUGGACGGGCUGCAGGUGACACAGCUGAAUGUGGACCACACCACGGAGAACGAGGAUGAGCUCUUCCGCCUCUCGCAGCUGGGUUUGGACGCGGGAAAGAUCAAGCAGGUGGGGGUCCUCUGUGGGCAGGAGAGCACCAGGCGCAUCGGGGACUACAAGGUCAAGUACGGCUACGCUGACAGCGACCUCCUCAGCGCUGCCAAGUCCAAGCCGAUCAUCGCGGAGCCCGAAAUCCAUGGUGCACAGCCCCUGGAUGGGGUAACUGGGUUCCUGGUGCUGAUGUCCGAGGGGCUCUAUAAGGCCCUGGAGGCAGCCCACGGGCCAGGGCAGGCCAACCAGGAGAUUGCCGCCAUGAUCGACACUGAGUUCGCCAAGCAGACUUCCCUGGACGCGGUGGCCCAGGCCGUGGUGGACCGGGUAAAGCGUAUCCACAGUGACACCUUUGCCAGUGGCGGGGAACGUGCCAAGUUCUGCCUGCGGCACGAGGACAUGACCCUGCUGGUGAGGAACUUCGGCUACCCACUGGGUGAGCUGAGCCAGCCCUCACUGACCCCGGCCCCAGCCGCGGGAGGUCGCGUGUACCCCGUGUCCGUGCCUUACUCGAGCGCCCAGAGCACCAGCAAGACCAGUGUGACCCUGUCCCUCGUCAUGCCCUCCCAGGGCCAGCUGGUCAACGGGGCCCACAGCGCAGCCACCCUGGACGAAGCCACUCCCACCCUCACCAACCAGAGCCCGACCCUGACCCUGCAGUCCACCAACACGCACACCCAGAGCAGCAGCUCCAGCUCGGAUGGGGGCCUCUUCCGCUCCCGGCCGGCCCACUCGCUCCCGCCUGGCGAGGACGGCCGCGUCGAGCCCUACGUGGACUUUGCUGAGUUCUACCGCCUCUGGAGUGUGGACCACGGGGAGCAGAGCGUGAUGACGGCACCGUAGCCCCAGCCCGGAGUGCAGCCGAGCAGGACCUUGCGUGGGACGAGGGGCCCAGCUCUGGGGCCAGACAGGCCUUCUCCUGCCGUUUGCCUGUGCUGUGGGGCCAGUGGUGCCCAGUCAUCAGCCAGCACCAUGCCCUCGCCCCACAGCUCUCGGUGCUGUAGAGAAUGUCCUCUCAGAAGGCGCCAGUGCAGACUGGACCCCUGGGACCUUGUCACACACAGAGGGCUGGAGGCCACUCCCUCAGGCAGCCUCAGCCAGGACCAUCGCCAUUUCUCGGAACAAGGGACACGGGUGCAGAAGCUGUGCUGGCCCGCAGGCCCACCGUGUGGGCAGAAUGUGAAGAGAUUCUCCUGUGACCCCGCACCCCACAGGCCCAGCAGCCACUGCUUUCUCAAGGCCACCCCUGUCCUGCGGCCACCUCCCCUGGAAGAGCCUGUGGCCGCUGCUAGUGCCCCCUUCACCCCUGGGCAGUAGCGACCCCCUUUGUUCUCCAGCCUCCAGAGCAGAACCCCAGCUGGUGUCUGCACCCAGCCCUGGGCCCCAUCCUGGGCUGCCCGGGUUGUUUUCAGUGGCAACUGUUCAGGAAGACCAGGGAAGCAUCAGGGCCUGCGAUGGCUACAGAGGGGGCAGGUCAGAUGGGAAGGAACUGGAAGGACCUGGGUCAAGAGAAGCCCUGGUCCUGGAGUCCACCAGAGGGGGUGGGCUGGGUGAGGCGGGCUUCACCAGAACCGUGGGUGCAGGAGAGGGUGCUGCGCCUGGACCAAGUGGGGGUAGUGGCUGCUCUUGUCAGGCCCCUCCAGGCGGGGGCCCCGAAUCAGGGUGAGCUUUGCUCUUUCCUUACUGGUGCUGGGGAGGCCACAGGUUGGGGAGCCGCUGGGAUUAAGGAUCUUGACCACUGAGGAGGAGUCUCUCCCAGCUCCAAGGUAACAGGUCAUGAGUCAGGCUGGGGGCUCGUUUGAAAGAGAACAGUGGAAUAUGCUCCCCAAAGGGAAGAGGUUCUUUCAGACCAGCUGCUCUGGGUGGCCGAGGGCUUUAGAGAUGUACACUUUUUACAGACACUGAGGGGCUGGGGCAGGCCGGCCCAGGCCCUGAGUAAGACCAUUUCACACGUGCACCCUGCCAUCGGGGCCAGGGUUGUCGGCCGGAUUGCUGUUCCUCUUUUCUGAGGACAGGGCAGGCCCGGGAGACUCAGGAAAUGCCCCCGUCACAGGCAGUGGUGGGGCACAACUCGUCAGCGUCCGAGGGCCCCUGGAUUCUGCCAUCCCCCCCGCCCCCCAGCUCCCAUUCUCCUGCCCCACCACGCCGGACACGGCUCACCAGGCACUGGCCGUGGUGUGCGGCCUCCAGUGUACUCAGACUCUGAGAGUCAGAGGCCAUUCCCGGGGCCCCGGCUCGCGCUGUGGUCCGGGAUUGCAUUUCCCUGCAGCAGAGCGAGGCCCAAGGCUGGUCUCCCAGGGAAGCAGAGGCACGACCAGAGGAAGUGCGUCUCCGCAGGGGGCCCUCACUCCUCCACCGGGAGCCGCCUCUGUUCUGCAGGUGAGCAGAUUUCAAAUCAGUCACAAAGGCUUGAGAGCAAAGGGAAUUCUCUUCCAAGAAUGUCUCCAGGUUGCUGUUUGGCUCUAGAAAUAGAAUCACUUUUUUACCACAGUGAAGACAUAAUAAAUGGUGGUAUUACA